UGCUGCAUUGCACCCCAGCAGAUUCCAGGCUAUGUGGCUUUACAUGGUUGCCCUGGUGGGCCUCUACCACCUUCUACGCUGGUACCUGGAGAGGCAGGUGGUGAGCCAGCUGUGGGACAAGUAUGUCUUUAUCACGGGCUGUGACUCAGGCUUCGGGAACCUGCUGGCCAAGCAGCUGGACCUGCGGGGCUUCAGGGUGCUGGCUGCGUGUCUGACUGAGAAGGGGGCCGAGACACUGAAGGCACAGACUUCAGACAGGCUGGAAACUGUGAUCCUGGAUGUCACCAAGUCAGAGAGCAUCGCUGCUGCCACCCAGUGGGUGAAGGAGCACACGGGAGACAGAGGUCUCUGGGGUCUGGUGAACAAUGCUGGCAUCUCAGUGCCCACAGCUCCCAAUUUGUGGAUGACCAAACAGGACUUCAUGAAAAUAUUGGAUGUGAACUUGUUGGGAGUGAUUGAGGUAACCCUGAGUCUACUGCCCCAACUGGUGAAAGCUAAGGGUCGUGUGGUCAAUGUCUCCAGUGUCGCAGGCCGUGUGUCUCUUUUUGGUGGAGGCUACUGCAUCUCCAAGUAUGGCAUUCAGGCCUUCUCAGACUCCCUCAGGAGGGAAGUGUCAUUCUUUGGAAUGCAAGUGGCUAUUAUUGAGCCUGGGUACUUUAAGACUCCCAUAUCCAAUAGUGAGACUCAUAUUAAGGCUUUCCACAGUUUGUGGGAUCAGUGUAGUCCAGAAGUCAAGGACAUCUAUGGCAAGAACUACCUAACAGCCUCAAUUAAAUCCUUGCAGGAAUUGGACUCACAGUUGUGCGAGGAUCUGACCUUGGUGACAGACUGCAUGGAACACGCCCUGAUCUCCUGUCACCCUCGCACCAGAUACUCCGCUGGCUGGGAUGCCAAAUUCAUCUUCAUACCUCUGAGCUAUAUGCCCACCUUCCUGGCAGAUGCCUUCUUGAGAUGGAAAGCCGUAAGGCCUUCCAAGGCCCUGUGAUGUACAGAUGAGGUGCAUCAUUGGGU